AUCAAUCAUAAAUUUAAUUUUACAUUACCAAAACCAUGAUUAACUGCUAAAAAUUACACGGCAUAGUGUAGCUAGAAAUUAAGAAUAUAAUAUUUGCACAAACACUUUAAUUUCCAAUGAUGACAAUGUUACCUCUCACGGCCGUGGUGCUGGCAAAAUGGGAGACACAAAUGACAAGCCAUCAUAAUUCCUAGUCCUAAGUCCUAACAUCAGAAUCCCCGCCACCUAGACACAUUAAACUAAUCACAUGUUGUUGAUCACUUCCUAGCUAGUUACACUUUGGAAACUCCGGAUAUAGGACAUUUAUUUUUAUUUUCUAUACUAUUUAUCACAAGAAAAUCCUUUGAUUUCAGCGCCAUGUCACAUGAUGCCACCUCUAACUUUGUUUCCUCCGUAACAUUUCACUAUAUCUGUUAAUACCCCUUUAUAAACAAAUAUAUAUCAUUCUAGAUUUUGCAUUAAUGUACCCAAACUGGAAUGGGAUCCCUUCCUUCGCCGCCGCCGGAGAAUUAUCUCUCGAAUUAUGUUGUGGCUGCUGUGUUUUGUCCAAGGGAAGCUAGCACAGAAGUGACUCUCCCAAAUUCAAUUGAGUUGUAUUACCCACACACCAACACAUGGAGCCAUGUUGGGCCAAUUCCGGGCCUAAUGGAUGGCCAAGUCUUGAAGGGCUUCUCUAUGGUCUCCUUAGGGGACUCAAUUUACAUAAUUGGUGGCCAAAUUUGUCACAAAGAAAGGGUCCACGUCACUGAUGAGUCAGCUGAUUUGCUUGACGUUGGAAUCCAGGUUGUUCCAACGGUCUACCGUUACAAUCUGAAAACCAACCAAUUCUUCCCAUGUGCGCCACUACACGUGGCAAGGUAUGACUUCGCGUGCACGGUUUGCGAUAACAAGAUCUACGUGGCAGGAGGGAAGUCCACGCUGGCAAGUGCGAGGGGAAUCUCGUCUGCCGAGGUGUAUGACCCCGAGUUCGACACGUGGACGGCUCUACCCAAUAUGCGUGUUUUGAGGUACAAAUGCACGGGAGUGACGUGGCAGGGAAAAGUGUACAUAGUGGGUGGAUUCGCUGGAAGAGAAGAUUCAGAUAAGACGAUGCCUAGCUUAGUAGAGCGGAGCUCGGCGGAGGUUUAUGAGACGGCGACGGAAAAGUGGGAGCUGAUGGCGGGGAUGUGGCAGUUGGACGUGCCGGCGAAUCAAAUAGUGGAAGUGAAUGGAACUCUGUUUAGCUCUGGAGAUUGCUUGAAUGCAUGGAAGGGACAGAUUGAAGCGUAUGAUGGGAAGCUUUGGUAUGAAGUUGAUGGAUCAAGCAACCAAAGCCUUUCCUCUUUGGAACACACCUAUAGCAAACGUUUGUACCUAACAAUGGCACCCAUUGCGACCUCCUUGUUUUUCUUCGCAGGUUACAGGCUGGAUCGUCACGUUGUCACUACACUGUCUCUUGUCCACGUGUUUGACACGUCAGCCACCGGACAUGCUUGGAGGACCUUUCAGCCUGUGGAAUUCGACGGUGAGAGAGAGCUUUGUAGCCAUUGCUGUGUUGUUCAACUCUCCUAAUAUUAUUAUCGUUAUUUAUAGUUACAAUUUUAGAUGCUUACAUAAUGUUGCAUGAUUCUCAUCAUCUCAGACAAGCCCUAAGGUGGGUCAACAACAAGUCCUUAAUGGGCCCCAUCCAUUUUCUAUUGUAGGCUAAACCACAAACUACUCAAGCCCACAUAACCUCAAAUAUAAAACCACAAAAAAAAGAUAAAAAGCCCAACACUCAAUUCUGAUGCUUUUCGCACCAUUCCUUUUUCGUGCGACCAUCAGCAACGUGAAAAGAAGAGAAUGUGGGCCCAUGGUUCACGUGACCCAUGGGCUCAGACCCCGGCCCCACAAUUUGGUUAAACAAAGAUCUUCGCACCUGCCGGGUGUGGCAUGCACGCGUGAUUCCUACACAGUUCACGUCACUAUCCAAUGAUAUUUUGAUUACGUGAUAUUUCAUUUUUAUAGUAACCUCUGACUUUGACCCUCUUUGUACUUAAACUCAUAUGAGCCGUUGAUCUUGUGAGACAAUCCCGAGGGCCACAUGUUGGGUUUGGGCCUUAAAAAGGCCGACACACGUAUAUGGGAGGCUUUUUUUUACCUUUUUUUUUCGUCUUGGUACUUUUAUUCCCUUUGGUGAAACUGAGAUACGUGGUAGGCUAUGGAUUUGUGACACGUGGAAGAGGCUUAGAGGUUGAAAUACGAAUCAUGAUGAUGGCGAAGGAAUGGUGCAUGCGAUUUUUCUCUCUCUUUCUUUAAUUUUUUUUUUUUAAAUAUUUUUCCCUUGUUGGGCCAAACUAGUUUGCAUUGUUUAUAUCCAAAGCUGUAACCUUAACGGCGCUAAGUUAGCACAUGAUUCACUAUGAUUGGAUUCAU